CUCCAAAGGGGAGUUUGGAGGUUUCUAUCUAGCCCUUGAGGAAAAGGUUCUAAGAAAACAGGAGAAAGCCACAAGAAAGGAACUCUUUGGACCACAGAGAAUCCUGCAGUGAGCCAGGGCUCUUCUCCAGUAAAAUAGGAAACUGAAAUCACACUGAAUGGAAGCACUGAGUGGAAACGGAUGAUCCUGCAGUUUGGGAGCCAGACUGGAACUCCCUCCAUCUGCAUCCCAGGACAUUUAGGAAUUUGGAUGGACUCCACAGGAAGGUUUUACAGAGCACUUAAUCAAGGGCUCCGGAGGCUACGUUUCAGGAAAGCUCUCUUGGAUCCAAGAUAAAGGCGGGGUGUAAAAUAGAAAACAAGAGUUGCCUGACUCAGAGAGGUCCUCUGAUUUCCUCUGCGCUCCAGACGGCACCUCUCCCAGCUUAAACAGCUCGGUACCAUGGCUCUGGAGCUGAACCAGUCAGCGGAAUACUAUUAUGAGGAGAAUGAGAUGAACUACACUCACGACUACAGCCAGUACGAAGUGAUCUGCAUAAAAGAAGAGGUCAGGCAGUUCGCAAAAGUCUUCCUGCCUGCCUUCUUCACAGUGGCCUUUGUCACUGGGCUCGCAGGGAACUCCGUAGUUGUGGCGAUUUACGCCUAUUACAAGAAGCAGAGGACCAAGACCGAUGUGUACAUCCUGAACCUGGCUGUAGCAGACUUGUUACUUCUGAUCACGCUGCCUUUCUGGGCAGUUAAUGCAGUUCACGGAUGGAUUCUAGGCAAAAUGAUGUGCAAAGUAACGUCAGCCCUGUACACGGUAAACUUUGUCUCUGGGAUGCAGUUCCUGGCUUGUAUCAGCAUUGACAGAUAUUGGGCAAUUACCAAAGCCCCCAGCCAAUCAGGAGCGGGGAGACCCUGUUGGAUCAUCUGUUGCUGUGUGUGGAUGGCCGCCAUCUUGCUGAGCAUACCCCAGCUGGUUUUUUACACAGUGAAUCAGAAUGCUAGGUGCACUCCCAUCUUUCCCCACCACCUAGGAACAUCCCUGAAAGCAUCCAUUCAGAUGCUGGAAAUCGGCAUCGGCUUUGUGGUCCCGUUUCUCAUCAUGGGCGUGUGCUAUGCCAGUACCGCCAGGGCGCUCAUCAAGAUGCCCAACAUUAAAAAGUCUCGCCCCCUCAGGGUUCUGCUCGCGGUGGUGGUGGUUUUCAUUGUCACCCAGCUGCCCUAUAACGUUGUUAAGUUCUGCCAAGCCAUAGAUGCCAUCUACCUGCUGAUCACCAGCUGCGAUAUGAGCAAACGCAUGGAUGUCGCCAUCCAAGUCACAGAGAGCAUCGCGCUCUUCCACAGCUGCCUCAACCCCAUCCUGUAUGUCUUCAUGGGGGCCUCCUUCAAAAACUAUAUCAUGAAAGUGGCCAAGAAAUAUGGAUCCUGGAGAAGACAGAGACAGAACGUGGAAGAAAUUCCUUUUGAUUCUGAGGGUCCUACAGAGCCAACCAGUUCUUUUACCAUUUAAAUAUAAAACUGCUCUCUGCCUCUGCUUUUUGCUUAGACACACACACACACACACACACACACACACACACACAAAGUGAUGUUUCCUCCUCAAAUAAAAUAUUUGUGUUACACCGAGACCCAACCAUCAACAAAUACUGUUGUUGCAAUUUAUAACAAAGAAGGAGUAAGGGGUGGGGCAGGGUAAGGAAGACAGACGCCAGAGAGUAAACAAGUGGGCAAAGUGUGGAAACUAAAUCUAAUGACAGGAAAACAGCUUGGCAGGAGGGAGAAACAACGCAUUGUGCCACAAAGAGGAAGUCUGUGUGUGUGUGUGUGUGUGAUGGGAGGGGGGUGUUUUGCAUCUUCACCACAGUGGUGGUUAUUCAAAUCUGACAGCAACUGUAAUUCUGUAAUAUAAAACCCUGGGUAAUGCGUGCCCACGACCAUCCUGUACUAUCUCUGUAACUUCCUGUGAGUAAACAACUUCAUAAUAAAAAGUUAAAAGAAGAAACAUCAUGCUGUGAGCCUAGCAACCUAAAACCAAUUAAUAAAGAAACUUAUGCUAAGAGAAAUUUAUAAUUAUCUGUAAUUAUUUAAAAUUUAAUAAGUUCUUUCUGCAAAAUUUCAAUGCUUAAGUAAUCGCAACAAAACUUACUCUUUUUAUUUUUUGUUUGUUUCUUAAUUUAUAAGUGAUUUUAUAACAUAACAUAUAAGAAAGAAUGGCAAUUAAAGAAAAAGGCCAAACCCAUAAAGAUGUUCACACAUCCUGGUAAGUUCCUAUGCAUGCCAUUUGCUUUCAUGAUGUCACCAAAGAAAUUAUCCAACUACACCACUGGGUUCAUCACGCAUAUUCUAGAAACCAGCCUUAAAAAUCAUUGUUAUCUAGAGUCUAAUUUUAUAACUUCCUAAAGAACUUGCCCAUGUUUGUUGGCCAUUACUGAGAACUAGUGAACAAAUAUACUAUCCUAUGUAUAAAGUUUACUUUUCACUUAAACACCUGUAAUUAGGCAAUAAAAUAUGUAACACACGUA